AAGUGCACACAGAGAGGUCCCAGCACCAGACACAGAAGGGAUUCAGAUCCACAACCUUCUUGCUGUCAGGCUGCCCAACAAAUGGCAUACAGACAGCUACAAAAACUCAUACAGAACACCAGGAAAUAUGGAGAAUUAUUAUUAUUAUUUGUGUGUAUCAUCCAUGUGUGUGUGUGUGUGUGGUGUGUGUGUGGUGACAGGAAGAAAAUCAGAGCAGACAGCGAGCGAGGCUACAGAGGUAUUACUGUAUGGUCAGAUUCCUCUCUAGAGAAGCUGGAUGCUUCUCUCUCCACACUCAGCAACUGCGAGAAGCUGUCUCUGAGCACAAACUGCAUCACCAAAAUAACCAAUCUCGGCAGCCUGAAGAACUUGAAGAUAUUGUCAUUAGGAAGAAAUAAUAUAAAGACCUUUGAUGGGCUGGACGCAGUAUCUGAUACAUUAGAAGAGUUGUGGAUCUCCUACAACUCAAUAGAGAAGAUGAAGGGAAUCCAGAACAUGAAGAAACUCAGAGUCCUCCACAUGUUGCACAACCUGGUCAAAGAAUGGAAAGAAUUUGAGAGACUAGCUGACCUGCUCUGCCUGGAGGACCUGAGAUUUAUUGGUAAUCCCCUGGAGGACAAGGAAAGCGCUCAGGGAACCUGGAGAGACAAUGUCUCCAAAAGACUUCCUCGUCUGAAGAAACUCGAUGGCGUCCUAAUCAUCAGACAGGAAGUGGCUGAAGGAGGGGACUGAUGCAUGACGGCCUAAACAACUACAACCCUCUUCCCUUAGAGUCUUCCCUCUUUAAAGUUUUAUGUGGGUUGUCAUGGUUCUUUCGUUUACUGAAAAUGAUUUUGAACUUUAUUGUAGAAUAACAAAAUGACCAACAUAGUUUUUAGUCUGUUAAAAUGAAAAUGCUUCAGGCCAACCAGAAAGUUGUUUUGAUAAAACCUUACUACUACUACUUACCUUACUGCCUCUGUAGUUUCCACAUUGUUCCUGUUCUUUAACAUGGUUAAUGCAUAUAGCAUAUUCUCAUCAAUUACCAACAUCUGUGUAAAUGACUUUUAUGUUUGAAAUUAUUUUAGGCAUGUUUGUACAUAGUUGUGAGAUGUUUAUGGUUUAUAAAUGUUUUUGAUAUGAGAAAUAAAUAUUAUU